GUGACGUCACCGCGUAAACGCCGCCGCCGCCGCAGCCGAAUCGUGAACUUCGUCGACGUGGCCACGCGGGCGGCGGCGGUGGCGCCGAUGAGCAGCAGCAGCAGAGGGGGUGGUGGAGGCGGUGGGUUCUAGAGGCCGGGCUUCUAGUUUCCUUUCUCCUUGUUGUCCGACCCUGACAACGUCGUGUCGGGGUUCCACCCCGGCGACAAGCGGCCCAGGGAUCUUGUUUGUCUGCACAGGCUGACGUGAGGGGGGAAAGAGAGACAGACGCCUUUCGGGGUGCGCGCGGAAACCUGCGGUGGAUGGUGGCGACGGUAACGAAGCAAACGAAACUUGCAGCUUGAAGGAUGGAGGGAGAUGAGAGUAAGGUGGAUGCUGCUGAGGAGGAGGUUGCAGAAACUGUGGACGUGGAAAUGAGUGCCGUUGUGAGCGGCACGGAGGCAGGAGCAGAACAAGUGGCAGAAGAUUCCAGCUCCACAGGUAGCGGAGAGGACGAGCCUGUGUCAACCCACCCUGAUGGUGUGGAUGCCAAGGAGGAUGUCAAGGAGGAUGUCAAGGAGGAUGUCAAGGAGGAUGUCAAGGAGGAUGUCAAGGAGGUUGCCAAGGAGGAUGUCAAGGAGAUUGCCAAGGAGGAUGUCAAGGGGGAUGCCAAGGAGGUUGCCAAGGAGGUUGCCAAGGAGGAUACCAAGGAGGAUGUCAAGGAGGAUGCAACGGAAGAGGCCAAGGAGGGUUCCAAGAAGGAUGCCCUGAGCACAGCCGACACCAGCGAGAGUCCAGGAGAGACACAGGCAGCUCAGCACGCCACACGGAAACGACCAGAGCCCAAGCCGGGUUCCCCUUCCCCCGUGGAACCAGACACCCAACCGCAGCCACGACAAGAGGCUUCUCAAGGAGGGGGCUGGGGGUCGUGGGGCAGCUGGGGAAAAUCCCUUCUUACCUCCGCAACUGCAACAGUCUCCUCCGUUGGCCAUGGAAUAACACACGUCAUGGAGAAAGCCGAAGCCUCUCUGGGCAUCCCAACACCGUCUGAUCUUUCGGCAGAUCAGAAGCAGGCCGAGGGUGCUGCAGUGGAGGCCCCACCGAAUGAGACAGCGACGGAGGCAAGCGGCAGCCCUGCGGCAGAAGGUCAAGGAAAACCAGUUUCGCCGACGGGUGGGGCGUUCGGCAUGCUGUCUAAAUACGGUGGCAUGACUGCAUCCGCGAUUACGAAUGCUGUGCAAAAUACGAGCAAGACCGUCAUCACUGGUGGCCUCGAUGCACUUGAGUUGAUUGGCAAGAAGACAAUGGACAUCUUGGCGGAGGGGGACCCUGGUUUUCGGCGUACAAAGGGUCUUCUGCACAAGACGACCACCCUCUCUCAGGUCCUGCGGGAGGCCAAGGAAAAGGAGGAGCAACGUCUGUCUCAGGAAGGUGCGGCCGGGGUGAUUGGUGAUGGGAAGAAGGCCCACUAUGGCCUGCUCUUCGAUGAGUUCCAGGGCUUGUCUCAUCUGGAGGCCCUGGAAAUACUGUCCAAUGAGAGUGAGGCCAAGGUGCAGGCAGUGACAGCUGCAUUGUCGGGAGAAGACCUGGAUCGCACUCGGCUGGAGUUGGAGCAGAUUAAAUCUGCGCUCGCCCUGGAGGAGUUGGACGAAGAGGCGGAGGCCACUGACGAGAAAGGAGAAGAGGGCCAGGAUUUUGUGAACGUCAUAACUGAGCUGCUCUUCAGCCUUCAUGUCGGGGUCACACCUGACAAGCUCAACAAGGCGAGAGAAAAAGCGGACACCUGGCUGAGGGAAGUGGGUGAGGAGACUCUGAAGGAGGAGGAGGAGAAGAAUGUGGAGGAGAGCCCGAAACAGAAGAAAACUGUGCAGGAGAUCCAUGGGUUGUGCAUCGAGAGCCUGGCGGAGGUGACCGCUCGCUCCAUAGAGCAGUUCCACAAAGCCGGGGAGCUCAUCCUGCACGGCACGGAGCAGGAGCACACAGCCCUGCAGAGGGCGCACAGCCUCACCAGGUUAACAGUGGUCUUGUGCAAGGAGUUGUCGACGCUUUCAACAAAGUUUACAAACUGCUUGAGCACCGUUGGGGCUCACGAGAAGUCAGAAGUGCUGAAUCCACUCAUCACCAGCAUUUUCUUGGAGGCCUCAAACAGCACUACGUACAUCCAGGAUGCCUUCGCACUGUUGCUGCCCAUACUACAGGUUUCUCACAUUCGGCAAGAUGCGGACAGUGCCUCCUCCUCCUUCGCCUAAGGCUGAUGAUGUGCUGAGUUGUAGCACACAUCACUCCUGCGGUGUGCCGUCGUGCCCCAAGUAAACUAUAAAGGGAUCAGCGGGAGUUGUGCUCUCGUGGACUGAACAAUAAUGUGUUUGCACUCACCAGACCUUCCCGGUUCCCCUGGGUUUUUAUGUCACGUCUUGAUGCAUCGCAAAAAGUUUGGCUUAUCAACGAGGACGGGUGGCAUGGAUUGCUAACACUUUUGUCUCAGUGUUGAGCCAGCACCUCUGGGAGUCAUUGGUUUGAAUCUCGGGGGGGGGGGGGCCUCUGAAAGAUUUAAACCACGUUCUCAAGCGCAGCUGGGUUUAAGUUCCUGACUGGCAUUCUCGAGUGAACUUGCCAGAACAAACAUCUCUCGUACCUUGCGCUGGGCAAAUCGAAUGCUAUUAAAUUAAGAAUAAACAUCCACUAAGAAAACCAUUAACUUGUUUACAUUACAAAACACUACCAUUACCACACCUAUUGAAAGUCAUGGCACAAAAGUUUGUUCAAAAUCCAGUGGUUGGCAUUUGCAGGCUUUUGAUGUCCCUGUGUGUCUUGACUGAAUGAGGCCAAAUUGAUCGGUCAGUGUCAACUUGCCAUGAGCGAGGAAUUUGAAGUGUCUGUUAUUUACAAGAGGUGAUUGAAUGUCUGUGGCCUGACAUGGAGAGCAAUAAGUGAAGCUUAGGAAAUGUAUUUUGACACACAUUCUUGAAAAGGGCAAUUAACUUAGGCCAUUUGUUUCAUGGUUUUAACCCCUACCAGGAAGGAAUGUUCCUCUUGCUGCUUAAACCAUUAUUUCACAGCACGUAAAUUCACUGCCACUGAAACAUUUAUUUUUUAGCAAAUCACUACAACUUUGUCAACGGAAGUCACUUGUAGCCAGUACUCAUGAGUAUUGGGGGUAUUUCUUCAAUAUGUUAUGGAUAUCUUAAAGUGUCUCCCCAUAUUCCUCUGGGGUCUGAAUAUUUCUCCACAAUUCGGUUAACAUAAAAAGCAAGGUUUCAAGUAUGUAAUUCAAAUGACCGGUAUAAUCCAUUGCUAUGAAAUGCGAUACUGCUUUAACGUUGCAAACUUAUACAGCCAAACGUUUCCCUGCUUUGUCGUAGCACCAAUACUUUGUGAGGCUACAGAUUCUUCGAUCAGUGCGAGUGUCGUGCCUGUGCGUGGCCAUUCUGGUUUUAAGCCCACGUGCAGUUGCAAACAACAUCGAGGUGCUGAUUUUGAGAAUGUGGCCCCUGUGGCUGCCAAAUGAGCAGAUCACUACAGCAAGGUGAAUGUUUUGAUAAUGAAAAAAAGGAUUUUUUUUUAUAAAGGACCUCUGACCACCCAAUUAUAUAAGCUGCUGCAAAUAACAUUUUUUGUUUUUUUAACGUUUGUAUGACCACGUCUGUUUUCUUUCCAAGGUAGUUGCCAUUUGAAGUCUCAGUUACGGACUUGUCAAAUGUAUCAACUUGUUCACCUGUGCUGUACGCAAGAAUGGAAGCGCUUUCGGCGCAUAGGAAAUUUGUCGGUGGAUCCCAAGUGGGUAGAGAAAUUGCAAAUGAGGCCAGUGUGGAAAAAAAUGUUUGUCCGAUCUAAUUCCUCUCAAUCCUGUGCAGCGUAGCAAUGUUGCUGCUUCUGUUACCUUGCACAAUUAAUAAUGGGUUAAGGAAAAUAAACAAAAAUGAAAAUGUUCUGCCUGACGCAUGCUUUUGCAGAAACAUCCACAGAACAUAGCUUAUUGCCACUAACAGGCUAAUCAGGCCCUGUUUGUCACUGAGCAACAGAGACAUUUUUAAAAUCCAAUCAUUGCUCAUGAAUUACUGUACUGUAUUUAGUAAAUAUUCAGUUGUAUCGCAAUGAUUUUUUGGAUUGUAUUGUUCCCGUUCAUUGACAGUGUAAGUCUCUCUAAGUUUCCUUUGUAAUUUUUGCCUUUUAUUUUCAAGCAUCGGUACUAAUUCCAUGUUGCUGCAAGUUUAUAGCACUAGUCCUGACAUGCUUAAAACAUGGCUGUAAAGGGCAAUAAGUUAGAUACAUUAAGUCAUUUUAUGUACCUUACCCGCGCUGAUGAAUCAAACAUUUUGAUACGAUACAUUGUUCUUGUGAAAUAAGUCAAGACGAUUCAAAUGUGUAACACAAGUAGGUGGCUGGGAAGCUCAUUGUAGACUGUGUAAGUUGUUUGCAACCGCAUGUCAGUUUCUGUGUUAAAAUCACGGGUUCCCUUUUGACGUGCGUAGAGUUUGUCUUAUUCACAAAUGGUUACACAACCGAAGACGAUCCUAUGCAAUAAAUGCAGCCUUACCCAACUACUAAAGGGGACAACGUGUGCAAGACAAAGCAAAGCGGCAAUCCUCGCACCCUGUAACAAGGCAUUUAAUUAAAAGUAUAAUUAAAGGAGAUUGAUCUUUAUUUGUGUCUAGUUUAAGGAUUUGUACUCUUUCGUGGCCGAUGCUUCGCCUAUGCUGAUCUGACGGACGUCCAAAAACAGCCAAUAAUAUGCAUCACCUUGUGCGGAGUCAUACUUUAGCAGCCUCAUAGCAGCAGCCUCAUAUCGGGUAGGAAAGUGCAAUCACGAGUUCUUUGCUCAUAUCUAUGCUCAACAUUCCGAUUAUUUAAAACGACUCAAGGCUGCCUGUCAAUAGCAUGCAAUGUAUUUUAUUGACCUGUGUUUGAAACCUAUAAAUAAAAUUAAAAAAAACUUAAAUUCUCCUUA